AUGGAAACAGGGUACUUGAAAGCCGACGUGAAUAGUCUACCUAAAAUCGACUUUUAUAUGGUGCAGCACUUUUUGUCAUCGAACGAGAAAUUCCGAGAUGCCAAUAAAAGAGGAAAAAUUGAUCGCUCCAAGAAUCCGGACUAUUUUAAAUCAGCUAUUGGAAGAGUGCAGUAUAAAGUUGAUGGAAAUAGAUUCCGAAUUAAAGCAAAAGUGGUUCCGGAACACAAGGUGACGAAAAAACAGUACACAGUAGUAGCUGUGGUUAAUAUCGAAAAGGAAGAAAUAGAAGAUGUGUACUGCGAAAGUAUCACCGAUGGUUGUAAAGCUGCUAAAGGUGGAUGCAAACACGCUGUUGCUUUUCUGUUUUUCCUUUACGAAAAAGUCAACACGCCAUCACCAACUGAAGGAGCAUGUUUGUGGAAAGUUCCUCAACUAGCUCGGGUCGAUGAAAAUAUCGACAGCUUCGACCUGGCUAAGUACGGUCGGUCCAGUGUGGUGUCGAAUAAUCAGAGUAGCAAUGAAAGCGGUAGUGGAAUAUUUUUACGAACAUUGCUGGAGAAGUAUCAAUCGGACCGAUUGAUAACCGGACUAAAGUUCCAUCAGCCGUUUCCUCGAAUGGAAGCUUAUUCGCUACAUUGCCUCAUUUUAGAGUUUAAAAAAUCGUCUCAAGCACGAAUCACAGCAAAGGAAUUCAUUGCAUACUCCAAAACGUCAAUGAAUAAAUCCGUUUGUCGAGAAAUAGAAGUUAGUACUCGAGGGCAGAGGCAAGGUCAAAGUUGCUCUCGAUGGUUUUUGUUGAAAUUUGGAAGAAUCACGGCAUCGAAACUAUGGGAUUUGUCAAGAUGUCAGACAGCGGAUGGAUCGUUGGUUCAUGCUGUAUUGGGACAAAAAUCAAUAAGCACUGAGGCAAUGCAGAGAGGAUUAGAACUAGAGAGCAAGGUGCUGGAAGUACUCAAGAAGUAUUAUCCCAGUGUACGGAAAUGCGGACUUUUUUUAGAUCCGGAUUAUCCAGCAUUUGGAGCAUCACCAGAUGCAAUCAAUGAAACCACUGUAUUUGAAAUUAAGUGUCCAAGCAAAGUUGACAAUUUUAAAUACUACGUCGCCAAAAAUGGAGAACUUAAAGACAAGGUUAAGUCACAAAUACAGCUUCAAAUGGUUCUAUCAAAUCGAGAGAAAGGAUUGCUGGUUAGGGUUCAUCCUGGAUUUGAAAAUAGUCUAAAUCCAUCACAAUUCGUUAAAUUUUAUAAGGAGGAUCAAGAUGUUGAUUACAUCGAGCAAAGAAUGAAGGCUAGCUAUAAGUUCUGGUGUUCAAAUAUAUUUGCGAAUUUGGUGGAAAAGUUUUGAAAUAUAAAUCCAUGUGGUUGGAACAGUAUUUGUUUGCAUUUA